AUGACGGACGAUUCUGAAUACGAGUUCUUCCAGUCGCCUCGUCAGGACCCUCCCGAGACUUCGUCGAACGGCAGCGUCCAAGACGACCACGAGCUCAGGGGGACGUCUUCGGGAGCAGCUGCCUCUUCCUUCGACGGAAAUGGUUCGCUCUCGGCCAGACUGCUGUGUUACAUGUCGGCCAGAACCUUCAACGAAACGGGCGCCCGGGAGUCGUCCUCAUCUCUUCGGUGCAGGCUGACGUGGGACGGCCUGUCGUGCUGGCCCUCGACGCCGGCGUCCUCCGUAGCGGUUCUGCCCUGCUUCGCAUCCUUCAACGACCUGCUCUACGACACCUCCCAGAAUGCGACGCGGCACUGCUGGUCCAACGGCACCUGGGCCGAGAGGUCCGACUACUCCAACUGCCGACCUCUCCUCGAAGGCGUCAGGGAAUCCGAGACGCACCUGGACGAGACAACGCUGUACUACAUCGGUUACGGCCUCUCGUUGUUUGCUCUUUCCGUCGCUCUAUGGAUAUUUCUUUACUACAAAGAUCUGCGGUGCCUGCGAAACACCAUUCACAUUAACCUGAUGAUAACCUAUUUUCUCAUCUCGCUCACCUGGAUUGUCACCGCCACGCUCCAGUCAGUUCCGUCAUCCGGCUUCCACAGGGCGGCCUGUUUCCUGUACAUCGUGCUCACCUACCUGAUGGGCACCAACUUUUUCUGGAUGUUCGUCGAGGGCCUUUACCUCUACAUUCUGGUCGUCAAGACCUUCUCCGUAGAAGUGUUUCGCCUGUACAUCUGCCUCUUUAUCGGCUGGGGACUCCCGGCGAUAAUCAUCUGCACCUGGGCGACCACCAAGGUUUACCUGAGCCCCAACCACAAUGACCCGAACCUCUCCAAUGGGAUGUGCGUCUGGCAGCUCAGAGAUCUCUACGACUGCAUUUUCAUCGUGCCAGUUAUUCUCGUUCUCCUGACCAACAUGUUUUUCCUGGCUGAAAUUAUGUGGGUUCUCAUCACUAAACUCAGGGCUGCUACGACGGUGGAGUCUCAACAGUACAGGAAAGCGGCCAAGGCUUUGCUAGUGUUGAUACCCCUGCUCGGGGUAACCUACAUCCUGGUAAUCUGGACGCCCCGCCACAAGACAGCGAAAGUCAUCUUCACCUACCUGCAGGCCACGCUACUCUCCACGCAGGGUUUUACGGUCGCUGUGCUUUACUGCUUUCUAAAUGGAGAGGUACGCAAGGCCAUCCGCCACCACCUGGAGCGUUGGAAGACGAUGAGGGCCCUGCGGAGGGGCGACAACAGCCGCCAGUCGAGCACGUACAAGUUCGGGGACGCCCGGACACCGUCGUCGGCCAAGCGGGGCAGCAGCGUCAGCUUCAGCACCACCACCACCUGCGUGGGCAACAACCGCUCCCACUCCUCCUGGAAGAGGCACAGCAACGCCUCGUCGGGACAGCCCGUCUUCAAGGACGACCUGGUCUAG